AUGUGGCCUUUCGCAGAUGUCGUCCCUGAGCUCACAGCUGAAGAUGCAGGUCAUAAACACGAGUACGAUUACAUCGUCGUCGGAGGUGGCACCGCUGGAUGCUGCCUAGCAGCGCGCCUGAGCGAGGAUCCUUCCGCCACCGUGCUUUUGCUAGAGCAUGGCAAUGUUGCCGACUCGUGGGUAUCCAAGGUGCCUCUCAUGUCUUCGAAUCUCUUUAGAGAGGGCACACAGGCUGCUCGAUGGGAUGCCUUUCCCAUGCCGGACGUCGACAACAGGGUCCUCGAAGUGGUUCGUGGCGAGGCUUUGGGCGGAAGCUCGAGAGUGAACGGGAUGGUCUAUACUCGCGGUGCUCCAGGGGACUAUAAUCGCUGGAAGGAGAUGGGUCAUUCGAGCUGGGGAUAUGAUGACCUCGAGCCUUAUUUCGUCAAGUCGGAGACUGCGCUGAGCCAACCUCCCUCCAGCUUUCGUGGCCGUGAAGGUCCUUGGCAAAACCGGACAUUUAAAAAUGUACCGUUCCAGAUUCUGCAUCACGUCAGCAGUGCUUGCAGAAGCGCUGGUAUACCCCUCGUCUCAGAGAUUAAUUCCCCCCACGCACCUGCGGCUGGCUAUGCCACUCUUGACAUCACAAUGGAUCGCGAAAUGUAUCGGGCUUCUACCUAUCGCGCAUUUCUUCCCCCGACGUCGACGCAAGCUCGCAAGUCUCGAUUGUUCAUCUGCACCAAUACUCAUGCCACUCGCAUCGAAUUGUCUACGUUGCCGAACGGCAGUGUUAGAGCACUUGGAGUUCACUUCCAGGCCAUCACACCUACGGCAGCCGCUCAAAGCUUCUACGUCAAGGCGAAGAGGGAAAUCAUUCUUUGUUGUGGAGCCCUUGGAUCCCCGCACAUCAUGCAGCUUAGUGGACUGGGGCCCAAGGCCCAUCUUUCCUCCAUGGGAAUCGAUGUAGUCCGAGACAUGCCAGGUGUCGGUGGUAAUUUACAAGACCACAUUGGUCUCCCGGUCAUGUACGAAAUACCCAUGAACGAUUCUCUCCACAAACUACAAUCAAGUGCAUGGCUUGCCAUCGUGGAAUUACUUAAAUACAUCACGACCGGCCGCGGCAUGUUCGCUUCGCCUUUCAUGCAGACCUCCCUCUUCGUUCCCUCUCGACUCCUCGGCACCGACGCACGCCUCAUCGAGACCGACCCCAAGGACCUGGACUCGACGUUACCGGAAAGCAUCCCCGACAUCGAGAUCAUGCCCAUCGCCCAUAACUGCUCCGAUGUACCUAUCGACAAGAAGGGUAUUUUCUCUUUCCUGACCGCCCUCGUCAAGCCUAAAUCCGUCGGAAGCGUUCGCCUGGCUUCCAGCGACCCGCUUGCUCGUCCAAAAGUCGAGCUCGGCUACCUUUCAAAUCCAGAGGACUAUGUUGUUCUCAGAAAGUGCGUUCGCCUCGCUCUGCGCUUAGCGGAGCAAGUCCGAAGCCAGGGGUAUCCGCUCAAGAACUUACAGGUCCCGGAGACGGAGAACGAGGUAGACGUUGACCGGUUUAUUCGGACGUACCUGCGUACUUCUUAUCAUUAUUCUUCGACGUGUCGUAUGGGCGCAGAGGAUGAGGUCGGCCGUCCUGGAGUUGUAGACGAUGAGUUGAGGGUGCAUGGCGUGGAUGGUUUGAGAGUGUGCGAUGCGUCUAUAUUUCCGGAGGGUAUCGCUACGCAUACGAUGGCGCCUGUCGUUGCUGUAGCGGAGAAGUGCGCAGACAUGAUCAAAGCUGCUGCUAGGAGCAGGACUUAGCUCUGCUUUGUGCUUCGUACGAAUUCUUCGGUUCCUCUUGGUAGAGUCCAAUGCAACUG